ACAAACGAAAGAUUACCGACUGCCUAUUGUGCAAAGAGUAUAAUUUUUCCAAGACUGUGAGAGAAGCGUUAAUUAAGCUUGAGAUAUUAAAAUGCCACUCUGUGAAAUAAAUACUAAUGUUAAGAAUGUACCUGACGAUUUUCUGCAAAAUUGCAGCAAAGUUAUUGCCGAAACUCUCGGAAAACCUAUAACUUACGUUUGUGUUGAAGUUAAUACCGGGAAGCAAAUGACUUUUGGAGCUACUAACGAACCAUGCGCCAUAGUUAAAGUUGCAAGUGCGGGUAAAAUCAGCUUGGAAGAAAAUAAACAGCAUGCUAGAAAUAUCACCCAGUUUAUAACAAACAGUCUAGGAAUAGCUGAUGACAGAUUCUAUGUCCUUUUCGAGGAUUUAAAGAGAGAAAAUGUUGCAUUCAAAAAUAGAAUAUUGGCUGAGUAA